CUCGGCGGGACAUGGGAUGGAGCGGCGGGUGCUGUGUGCGGGGCUGUACUGGCUGCUGCUGCCGCUCGCUCUGCUCGCUGCCUGCCUUUUCCGCUUCAAUGUCCUCUCCCUGGUGUACCUGCUCUUCCUGCUGCUCCUGCCCUGGUUCCCAGGGCCCUCCCAGGGCUCUGCUCAAGGUCACUCUAGCCGCCUCCUCAAAGCUCUGCUGGCAACCAGCAUCCUCUUCCUCAUCGCCCACUUUGUCUUCCAAAUAUGCCUCUACACACUGCCUGUCCUGGACCAGCUGCUGGGGCCCAGCUGCAGCACCUGGGAGGUCCUUGCCCGCCACAUUGGGGUCACCAGGCUGGACUUGAAAGAUAUCCCCAACUCAGUGCGUCUGGUGGCCCCUGACGUUGGCGUCCUGCUGGUCUCCUCCCUCUGCCUCUGCCUGUGCCGCUGCCUUGUGCCCAAGGCCAGCGCUGCCACCCGCAGCCAGAGACCAGAGUCCCUGCAGCCCCCUGAGCAGGAGGAAGAGGACACGGAGCAGCACGGAGGCAGGGCCGGCAGGGACGCACCGCUCAGCACCAGGCUGCGGGUGACAGCUCACUGGCUGCUUUGGGCAGCUGGGAAGGGUUUGGCCGUCCUGCUGCUGGCCUUGGCUGGGAUCACCCUGCCCUCCGCCUCCUCCAGCAUCUACUACCUCGUCUUCGUGGGCCUCUGCACGUGGUGGGCCUGCCACCUCCCUGCCAACCGCCUGGCCUUUGACACCCUCUGCGUCCUCAUUGGCAUCUACACCGCCAGCCACCUCCUCUGCCUCUACACCUACCAGACGCCCUUCAUCCAGGGGGUCUUCCCACCCCCCACCAUCUGGGCACGGUUAUUUGGCUUCAAGGACAUUGUCCUGUACCACAACUGCUCCUGGCCCAAUGCUCUGGUGCUCAACACCAGCCAUCCUUGGCCUGUCUAUGCCAACCCUGGCAUCCUACUCCUCUUCUACUAUACUGUGGCCACCCUGGUGAAGCUGCGCCGCCUGGAUGCCAAGAGAACCAUGCCACUGGCGCAGCCACCAGCAAGAUGCCUGGCAAGUGAGCUGGUGGAGCUGGAGAGCUGGCCCAAGGACACUGAUUGUGUGACUGAGGACACCAAGCCCAUGCUGUCCUCCAGCACGGGGAAGCCGGGCAGUGAUGCUGAGAACUGCACCAUCCAUGUCAUGGCUAGCUCACCGCAGCCAGGUAAGCUGACCCACAUCACCUGCCCCUCCCCAGACCCUGCCUGUGACCUCGGGGGUGGCUCAUUGUCCCCCUCCCCAUGGGCAGGCAGGAAGCGUCCAGCCGAGCGACUGCUCCUGCACAGCCUGGGUCACGUUGUCAUGAGGCAGAGCUACGUCUGCGCCCUCAUCGCCAUGAUGGUGUGGAGCAUCACCUACCACAGCUGGUUGACCUUCGUGCUGCUGCUCUGGGCAUGCCUGAUCUGGAUAGUGCGGAGCCGGCAUCACUUCGCCAUGCUCUGCUCACCCUUCCUCCUCCUCUAUGGCAUCACUCUCUGCAGCCUUCAGUAUGUCUGGGGCAUGGACCUGGUCCCCGAGCUACCCACUCGUGUUGGCUUCAUGAGCCUCGAGCAGCUGGGCCUGGUCCGCCCCAAAUAUCCCUGCCUGGACCUGGGGGCUAAGCUCCUGCUCACCUUGACCUUCUGGCUGCUGCUGCGGGUCUUUGUCAAGGAGAAGGUGCUAACGAGGAGGUGUCCAACCACCCCACUGCUGGAGGUGACCAUCUCCUCGGAAGCAGAGUCCAGCCGGCAGCGGGACGUGCUGAAGGCGCUGGGCGCCCUGGUGACGGAUUUCUAUGCCAAGUACUGGAUCUGUGUCUGCGCUGGCAUGUUCAUCGUGGUCAGCUUCGCCGGGCGCCUCGUCCUCUACAAGAUCGUCUACAUGUUCCUCUUCCUCCUCUGCCUCACCCUCUUCCAGGUGUACUACAGCCUGUGGCGCAAGGUGCUGAAAGGCUUCUGGUGGCUGGUGGUGGCGUACACCAUGCUGGUCCUCAUUGCCGUCUACACCUUCCAGUUUGAGGACUUCCCCACGUACUGGAGGAACCUGACAGGCCUCACCGAUGAGCAGCUUGGUGAUCUGGGGCUGGAGCAAUUCAGCGUCUCCGAGCUCUUCACCAGCACCCUCAUCCCAGGCUUCUUCCUCCUGGCCUGCAUCCUCCAGCUCCAUUACUUUCACCGUCCCUUCAUGCACAUCACUGACCUAGAGCACGUCCCCACCACUGCUCCACCCACAUGCCACAUUCCCAGACCUGAGGAGCUUCACGGGAGCCGGCUGCUGAGGGAUGCAGCUGCUGCCGAGUGCGCUGGGGCAGACGACUCCGACACCGAAUCCCAGGUGCCCACCAAGUGGGGUCUGGUGCUGGAGCGCCUGAUCGUGCUGGGCUGGACCUUCUCGGACAUGCUGACCCGCACCCAGGUCUUCGUGGGGCGCCUGCUGGAGCUCCACAUCCUGAAGCUGGUGGCUCUCUACACUGUUUGGGUGGCCUUGGAGGAGGUGUCAGUGAUGAACUUCCUGCUAGUGCUGCUCUGGGCCUUUGCCAUGCCCUACUGCCGCUUCCGCCACAUGGCCUCCUGCCUCUCCACCAUCUGGACCUGCAUCAUCAUCGUCUGCAAGAUGCUCUACCAGCUCAAGAUCGUCAACCCCAGCGCCUACUCCAGCAACUGCACCCAGCCUCUCCUCAACAGCACCAACCUGAGCCCUCAGGAGCUGCCCAACUCCACGCUGUACCGUGGGCCCGUGGACCCUGCCGCCUGGUUCGGUGUCCGCAAGGGCUACCCCAACUUGGGCUACAUCCAGAACCACCUGCAGGUGCUGCUGCUGCUGGUGUUCGAGGCAGUGGUGUACCGGCGCCAGGAGUACUACCGCAAGCAGCACCAGCUGGUGGCCCCUGUCACCGAAACCAUCUUUGAAGACAUCUCCCGUGAGCACCUCGACCAGGGCCUCAUCAGCUGUGCCAAAUACUUCCUCAACUACUUCUACUACAAGUUUGGCUUGGAGAUCUGCUUCCUGAUGACGGUGAACGUGAUCGGGCAGCGGAUGAACUUCCUGGUGAUCCUCCACGGCUGCUGGCUGGUGGUCAUCCUGACGCGGCGCCGGCGGGCGGCCAUUGCCCGCCUCUGGCCCAAGUACUGCCUCUUCCUCGUCAUCUUCUUCCUCUACCAGUACCUGCUCUGCGUGGGCAUGCCUCCUGCCCUCUGCGUGGACUAUCCAUGGCGCUGGAGCAAAGCCCUCCCCAUCAACUCGGCGCUCAUCAAGUGGCUCUACCUGCCUGACUUCUUCAUGGCACCCAAAUCCACCAACCUCAUCAAUGACUUUGUGCUGCUGCUGUGUGCGGCGCAGCAGUGGCGGGUGUUCGAGGCCGAGCGCAGCGAGGAGUGGCUGCGGGCAGCUGGGGACAACAGUGACAGGCUCGACCUGGCACGGGACCCCCACAACCCCACCCCCAACUUCAUCCACUGCAGGUCAUACCUGGACAUGGCAAAGGUAGUGGUGUUCCGCUACCUCUUCUGGUUUGUCCUGGUGGUGGUCUUCAUCACCGGGGCCACCCGCAUCAGCCUCUUCGGCCUCGGCUACCUGCUGGCCUGCUUCUACCUGCUGCUGUUCGGCACCGCCAUGCUGCGCAAGCCGGCGCGGGCUCGCCUCGUGCUCUGGGACUGUCUCAUCCUCUACAACAUCACCGUCAUCAUCUCCAAGAACAUGCUGUCGCUCCUCUCCUGCGUCUUCGUGCAGCAGAUGCAGAGCAACUUCUGCUGGGUGAUUCAGCUCUUCAGCCUGGUCUGCACUGUCAAGGGCUACUAUGACCCCAAGGAGAUGGGCAAGGACCAGGACUGCUUGCUGCCCGUGGAGGAGGCGGGCAUCAUCUGGGACAGCAUCUGCUUCUUCUUCCUCCUGCUCCAGCGUCGCAUCUUUCUCAGCUACUACUUCUUGCACGUCAUGCUGGACUUCCAGGCCUCUGCUCUGCAGGCUUCCAGAGGCGUUGCGUUGUUCAAGGCCAGCACCCUGAAGAGGAUGCGCCACCACCAGCAAGCUGAGAAGAAGUCACUGGCCCAGCUGAAACGGCAGAUGGAGCGGAUCCGAGCCAAGCAGGAGAAGUACCACCAGGAGCGACUGCGCAGUGGCACCAGUGAGGGGCAGGAUGAUGCCAGAGGAGCAGAUGCCCCCAGAAGCCCUGUGGACCCCUCCCAGCAGAGGUCUCGGUGGUGGCGGCCAUGGUUAGACCACGCUGCAGUGCUUCAUUCUGGGGAAUACUUCCUCUUCGAGUCAGACAGCGAGGAGGAGGAGGAGACAGCAGUGUCAGAGGAGCAAGGCAGGCAGAGUGCCUUCCAGCUUGUGUACCAGGCCUGGGUGACCAACACCAGGACAGCACUGCGGCAGCAGGAGCAGACUGAGCCACCCAGUGCUGAGGGUGCUGCAGGAGACAGCGGAGCAAGGGAGGAGGAAGUCGAGACACCUGAAGAAGCUGGAGGCCAGGAGGAAGAGGAGGAGGAGGAAGGCUCUGAGCACAGCAACGUGGUGCAGCGGGCGCUGAACACGCUGCGGUUCCUGUGGGUGCUGUGCCAGGCCCUGGUGGAUGGGCUGACCCAGUGGCUGGAUGCCUGCACCCAGGAGCACGGUGCCAUGUCCACCAUCCUGCGCCUUGAGAGAUAUGUCCUCAGCCAGCACCUGGCCACGGGAGAGGACAUUCACCGUGGGCUCCUGGAUGAGCUCUACCUGUCAUCACCAUCUGAAGAUGCCCUCGAGGAGCCAGGUCCACAGGGGCCAGGGGGUGCAAACUCCCAUACUAGUAGCACUUCCAGGCAGGUGCAUAGAAACCCCCCGAGGGGGGAGCGGGAAGGACCUGCUGGGCACAGGGCUCAUCCCUGUCCCCAUGCCAUUCCCAGUGGGCACCAAGAAGUUGUACCCACCUCUGUGGGAUGUCCGCUGCCCACUGACAGCCAGGAGCGAGUGACAACCUGGAGGUCCCUAGAGAGCGUGGCUGGGUCUCAGGAGCUCCUGGCUCUGCCGCAGAACCGGAGCCGGACAGCCAGCGAGCUCCUCCUGAGCAGGAAGCUGGAAUUCUCUGAGCUGGAAGAAGCAGAGAAGUUCUAUCAGUCCCACAACCGGUUCCUGAAGCUGCUGCUGGCUGGGUACCGCUGCGUGGCCGCCCACUCUGAGCUCUUCUGCUACUUCAUCAUCAUCCUCAACAACAUGGUGACCGCCUCUGUCAUCUCCCUCUUCCUGCCCAUCCUCGUCUUCCUCUGGGCCAUGCUUUCCAUCCCUCGGCCCAGCAAGCGCUUCUGGAUGACUGCCAUCGUCUUUACUGAGGUGAUGGUGGUGGUGAAGUACCUCUUCCAGUUUGGGUUCUUCCCUUGGAAUGGCUACGCCAUGCUGGUGCGCAAUGAGGGCAAGCCCUUCUUCCCACCCCGUAUCCUGGGCUUGGAGAAGACCGACCACUACGUCAAGUAUGACCUCAUCCAGCUCCUGGCACUCUUCUUCCAUCGCUCCCAGCUGCUGUCCUACGGGCUGUGGGACCACGAGGAGGAUCCCUUCCCCAAGAAGAAGACGGAGGAUGAGGCAGAGGAGGAGAGGCAGGAGGAAGCAGCAUCCCCACCACUGGCAGUGGGUGCAGAAGGGACAGAGGUGCUGGCAGAGCCAGGGGUGCCGGACGCAGCCGCGGGCCCAGAGCUACAGGGUAAUACCAUGGAGCAGGAGGAGGGACCUGGCGCCACACAGCUCCGCUUCAGGAAGAAGAGGAAGCAAGGGAGGAAGCAGCCAGAGGUGGCUCUGGAGGAAGAGGAUGAGGAAAAGGAGGAAGAGGAUGAGAAAAAGGAGGAAGAGGAGAAGGAGGAAGAGGCCAAAGAAAGCCAUGCUCAGAGGAAGAUGAAGGCCUUUGGGCUGCGGGUCAAGCUCUUCUUCCUCACCAUGGCACAGAACAUCUACCAGCCGGUGCGUGGGUUCUUCCGGGACAUCCUGCACACCCAGCACCGGGCAGCCACCGACGUCUACGCCUUUAUGUUCCUGGCUGAUGUCGUGGACUUCAUCAUCAUCAUCUUCGGCUUCUGGGCCUUUGGGAAACACUCUGCAGCUGCGGACAUCACCUCCUCACUGUCAGAUGACCAAGUGCCAGAGGCCUUCCUGGUCAUGCUGCUGAUCCAGUUCACCACCAUGGUCAUUGACCGUGCGCUCUACCUCCGCAAGACUGUGCUGGGCAAGCUCAUUUUCCAGGUCAUCCUGGUCUUCAGCAUCCACCUCUGGAUGUUCUUCAUCCUGCCAGCCGUCACUGAAAGGUUGUUCAACCUCAACAUGGUGGCCCAGCUGUGGUACUUUGUGAAGUGCAUCUACUUUGCACUGUCAGCGUACCAGAUCCGCUGCGGCUACCCCACCCGCAUCCUGGGCAACUUCCUCACCAAGAAAUACAACCACCUCAACCUCUUCCUCUUCCAAGGGUUUCGCCUUGUGCCCUUCCUGGUGGAGCUGCGGGCCGUCAUGGACUGGGUCUGGACGGACACCACACUGUCCCUCUCCAACUGGAUGUGCGUGGAGGACAUCUACGCCAACAUCUUCAUCAUCAAGUGCAGCCGCGAGACGGAGAAGAAAUACCCCCAACCCAAGGGGCAGAAGAAGAAGAAGAUUGUGAAGUAUGGCAUGGGUGGCCUCAUCAUCCUCUUCCUCGUGGCCAUCAUCUGGUUCCCACUGCUUUUCAUGUCCCUGGUGCGCUCCGUGGUGGGUGUGGUGAACCACCCCAUCGACGUCACCGUCACCCUCAAGCUGGGGGGGUACGAGCCUCUUUUCACCAUGAGUGCCCAGCAGCAAUCCAUCCAACCCUUCACCCCCCGAGACUAUGAAGACCUCACCAGAAAGUUUGAGAGACAGCCGGUGGCCAUGCAGUUCAUCACGCUGUACGGCUACGAGGACAUCGUGACGGCUCGCAUCGAGGGCAGCUCGGGCUCGCUGUGGAGCAUCAGCCCCCCCAGCCGGGAGCAGAUGCGCCGGGAGCUGCAGAACGGCUCCUCAGACAUCACCCUGCGCCUCACCUGGACCUUCCAGAGGGACCUGGGCAAAGGGGGCACGGUGGAGCACACUUUUGACAAGCACACCACCGACCUGCAGCCUGGUGCACCUCAGCGCAUGGAGCUGGCCCAGCUGCUGCAGGGCACCCGCAACACCCCUGUGAGAGUGCCCAAACUCUUCCCCAAAUACAUCCGGGCACCCAAUGGGCCAGAAGCCAACCCAGUGAAGCAGCUGCUGCCAGAUGGGGAGGACAGUUACCUGGAUGUGGAGGUGCAGCUGAAACGGGAGCGCACAGGCACCGGCCGAGGAGGGGGUGACAGGUUCUUGGAGUGGUGGGUGGUGAAACUGAAAGAAGACCCUCCCCGGGAUGACAACAUCCUGCCCAUGGUCAUCUUCAACGAUAAAGUCAGCCCCCCCAGCCUGGGCUUCUUGGCUGGCUACGGGAUCAUGGGGCUGUACGUCUCCAUCGUGCUGGUGAUCGGGAAGUUCGUGCGCGGUUUCUUCAGCGAGAUCUCCCACUCCAUCAUGUUUGAGGAGCUGCCCUGUGUGGACCGCAUCUUGAAGCUGUGCCAGGAUAUCUUCCUGGUACGGGAGACGGGCGAGCUGGAGCUGGAGGAAGAGCUCUACGCCAAACUCAUCUUCCUCUACCGCUCCCCUGAGACGAUGAUCAAGUGGACGCAGGAGAAGGAGUAAGGGGAAGGGGCUCUGGACCACCUCUCAGCCCCAUUCCCAAGGACAUCACCACAAAUGCCUUAACCAGCCCCUGCCAAAGCUGGGGCUGUAUCCUGCCAGGGGAGGCAGUGGGACGCAGGGUGCUCAGCACUCAGUUUUCAGGAUGCUUUUUCUUACUGUGUUCUGAAGCCAUCCAGCCCUGAGGAGACCACAUUGUGCCUUCCUGGGUGGGGGACAGAAGUGCGCCCCCACCACCAUGCUGGGCACUCCUGACUGUUGGGCUGGGGUGUGUGGGGGGGUGAGGAUCUGCCCCAUGCCCCCUCCCCAACUCCUCCCAGCCCUGCUCCAGAACCAGGGUGUACUGCAAAGCAAUAGCCCCCCAGCCCCAGGAUGGGGGGCCCUGGGUCAUGCCCUCCCAACCCAAGCCAAGCCAAGCUGGGUGGGUGGGGGUGGCAGCCCCAGCUGGACUCUAGAGACACUUGGGACUUUGGUUUUGUUUGGUUUUUUAUUAAUUCAAAUGAUUUAUUUAUACAGAAUCAAAUAAAACCAAGCUGAGGCC